AUGCUCCCUCUGAAAGCUCUAGUGGAGAACUCUUCCAAGUUCAGACGGUUGCUGGUAAUCCUGGGUGUUCCGCCGCGGCGGCUGCCCCCGCCCCGCGCCGGGGACGCCGCCGUGAUCACCGGGGCCUGCGAAAAGGACCUCCAGUGUGGUGGAGGAAUGUGCUGUGCUGUUAGUAUCUGGGUUAAGAGCAUAAGGAUUUGCACACCUAUGGGCAAACUGGGAGACACCUGCCAUCCGCUGACUCGUAAAAGCCAUUUUGGAAAUGGAAGCCAGGAAAGAAGAAAGAGGAAGAAAAGAAAAAGGAAAAAGGAGGUUCCAUUUUUGGGGCGGAGAAUGCAUCACACUUGUCCAUGUCUGCCAGGCUUGGCUUGUUUACGGACUUCAUUUAACCGAUAUAAUUGUUUAGCCCGAAAGUAAUCACUUUUUAGAGUAGAAACUUUAAAUGUGAACAGCCACAUGAUGUCUGUAAAGUCUUACCUGUGAUUGUGCCAAACAAAUAACACGCCAGAAAGAAAUGCUCUUGCUUCCUCAACUUUCCAAGUAACAUUUUUGUCUUUGAUUUUUGAAUGAUUUUUUUAAUUGAAAGGGAAUUUUAAUUUUGGAUAGAAAUAAAGUCCAAGGCAUUGUGGAACCAGUUCUCAUUUCCCUGUUUGUGUUUUGGUUUGGUUUGGCUUUUUUUCUUUUUUUAUGCCAAUUACCCAUUUUCACAAGAAAGGGGAGAAUAAGAAUGUGAUAUUUUGUUACAGAAACACGUUCUUUCUCUUAAAAUCACCCCCC